CGGCGGCACGGGCGCCAUGUUUGUAAGGGAGAGUGCAGCGGGCAGCUGCUGCUGCAAGCAGUGAAGGUGGCGAACUCCGCAAUGAGUCCCCGCGCCUGUGGCUUCAUCGUCUUCAGGAGACUGCGGCAGCAGCAGCAGCAGCGAGCGGCGGUCGAGUUCCUCCUGCUGCAGACAUCGUACGGGGGAAACCACUGGACCCCGCCUAAAGGACAUGUGGACCCAGGCGAGAACGACCUACAGACGGCCCUCCGGGAAACUCACGAGGAGGCUGGACUGGGAUCUGAACACCUGUUGCUCAUCCCCGGGUUCCAGCACGUGAUGCAGUACAAUGUGCCCAAGCGCAACGGCGGCGGCGUCAACCUGAAGACGGUGGUGUACCUGCUGGCCGAGCUGAAGGGUGGCACCGAGGGCCAGGCCGUGACGCUGUCACACGAACACGUGGCGUACCGGUGGUGCGACGUGGACGAGGCAUGCUGCUUGGCCAAGUUCCAGGAAAUGCAAGAGGCCCUUAGGAGUGCGCACACGACCAUCGUCAAAGAGGACGAGGCUGGGACUCUCAAAAAAUAAUGAAUGGCAAAUUUGACCAGGAGUGAUUCAGUGCUCAGAUGCAUUUGCAAACAUGAAACCGUGGUAAAUAAAUGAGGAUAAUGUAUUCUUCACUUAAAGCAUUCGUGACUGCAGGAAUUCAUAUUCUUUGGGUCUUUCGGUAAAGUCACGUAGAUAGGUUAAAAAAAUAAUCAAAUCAAACAAACUACGACGUUUUGAUUUAAAGCUUUCGUGACUGCAGUAAUUCAUAUUCUUAGCUCUUUCGGUAAAGUCACGUUGAAGGGAAACAAUAAAAUAAUAAAAUAUAUAUAAAACAAUAAAAAUUCUCACGACGUUUCGACCAUAACACAAACGGUCGUCAUCAGGUGUGUCGGUUUGCAUUAUGGUCGAAACUUGGUGAGAAUUUUUUUAUUGUUUUAUAUAUAUUUUAUUAUUUUAUUGUUUCCCUUCAACGUGACUUUACCGAAAGCGCUAAGAAUAUAAACUACGACGUUUCGAUCGCAACACAAGCAAUCGUCAUCGGGAGGAAAAAGGGGGGUAAAACCACUAAUGGCAAGCUGUAGCCCAAGCGUCCGCCGGGCCACGUGAGGCCGCUAGGCUCGCACGCCCCGCCCGAGGGGGACGCGCCGUCGCUGACCGCGCUGCCCUCUCCGACCUUCUAACGUGACUUCGUGUUCCCCGGUCGCCCCGUGCUCUUCCGCGGCGUCACGUCGCGCAUGCCCGCCUUCUCGCGCUGGAGCGACGGCGAUUACCUGAGCGGCCGCUACGGCUCGCUCGAGGUGAGCGUCGAGCUGGGCAAGAAGGGAGAAUCGCUCGGCGGGCGUCUACAGCAGCAGCCUGGCGUCGUUCCUGCGCUCGUUUGCGCACGAGGACAUCUACAUGGUGGAGAGCCUGCCAGCGCCCAGGCACGGUGAGGUGUGGCCGCCCAUUUUGAACCUUUAACACGGCACGCCUUUAGUGGCUUCCCCCCCAUUUCCCACCUGAUGACGGUCGCUUGUGUUUCGAUCGAACCGUUGUAGUUUUUGUUUAUUGUAUUAUUUUUUUUUACUUAUCUACGUUACUCAAAUAAUAUGAAAAUGUAUUCCUUUGUGUUGAGUUUUAAAUUUGUAAUUGAUUACCUGUUUUAAAGCAUUAGCCCGGAAACUCAAUGUGGGGUUUCCAAUAUGGCAACACCAGGGCUCCUCGUGAAAUCUGUCAUGCUGUUGCAUAACCAAAUUUGAACUGUGUUCGACAAUGGGUGACAGUGUGUGAACGUAAUAAACAAUUUCAGUUGUC